GACGCUUGAGAUUUUCUGUUCGCGUGGUCCAGUAUCCAAGGGAUUGACAGAUGAAUUAAGAGUGUUGGAAAUCUGAAGAUAUUGGAUCUAGCCGAUAGUAUAUUUUCCGGUGGAUUUCCACGUACAGUGACUAGAAGAUUGUCCAAUCUAGAAGAGCUGAACUUCAGCAUGGAAGAGGAAAGCACUGCUAUCCUUCAGGAGAUAAAUUUUUUGACCAGCUUGACGACACUAUCCCUAGCGGUAUCUUCUUUAUGUUUUCCAUAAGGCUUUCGGUUCCCUAAAUUAAAAAGACACGAAGUACUUAUAACAGGAUCUAAUAUUUGUAAUGGGACAAAAAGACGUCUACAAGUAGACAGAUCCUUAAUUGCGGAGAUGUUUGACCUAAAUCUAGUUUCUCAAUUGCUUGAGAACAUAGAGUUUCUGGUAGUGUCAAAACUCAAGGAUGAGUGCUUGAGUGAUAAAAGACAGAAGGUGUUGGUUCCUAAGAUCUUACAAAAUCUAGAGGAAGUGAGCAUUGAAGACUGUGGGAACCUGAAAGUGGUAUUUCAGAAUGUAGAAGAAAAUGUCUGCUCUCGAAUUUUAAAGCUCUUAAAUCUUCGAAAGUUGCCUAAGUUGAGUCACAUUUGGGAACUGCCAAUCCAACAUGAUAGACUUGAAGCUUUAGAGGAAUUAAAGAUCUGGGACUUCCCAAGUCUAAAGUCAAUCUUCUCGACUUCUCUAGCUCAAAGUUUUGCACUCUUAGAAAAAUUUGAGAUAAGAUAUUGUGGUGAAUUGAAGCAAAUAGUCACAGAAUCGGGAGACGGUGGGGAAGAAAUAUCAUCGAGCAUCAGUUCUAAUUCUUUGUGCUUCCCAAAAUUACGACAAGCCCACAUAAAAGAAUGCGAUGAUUUGGAGUAUAUUUUUCCAAUGUUGAUGGCACCACAAGGGAUUCUGCAACUCGAAAAUCUGUGUGUGCAUGAUUGCCUUCCUUUAAAACAACUGGUCAGACGUAUAGAAGGAAGGAUAGAAAAGGCAACCGUGCUUCAACAACUGCAGUUUUCAAAACCUUCGACGGAGUUUUCAGUGUCUGGUUGCCCUCUGGCCUCUGUUAAGCGAUUAAUUUGUUCAUUUAAAAGUUGAGGAGGUUCGCUUCAAGGUACUUUCUUUGUCUCCUUUUCUAGUUACAGUAC